AUGACAAACAUCCUAAAAACACAAGUUCAUGUGGUUGUAAUAUCUCUACUCAUCCAAAUAGCUUUCUCACAAGUGAAAACCGAUUUUGAUGUUAAUUGGUCUACUAUAAAAACAAUGGUGAGGAUCACAAACCGCCUUGGAGAUGGUUCGACCUUAAACCUUCAUUGCAAGUCCUCAGAUGACGAUCUUGGCCUCAAAAUCCUCGCUCCGAAUAGCUCUUGGUCGUUUAAGUUUAGACCAACUAUUAUUGUUGGAUCGACAAUUUUCUCUUGUCAUUUCACAUGGCCUGGACAAUCAAAAAGGUUUAACAUUUACGAUGAUGACAGAGAUGGUGUUCGUAGGGGUAUUCCAUGCAUCUAUUGUAUAUGGGAUAUAACCAAAGAUGGGCCGUGCAGGUUUAAUGAAAGUGAUCAUGCAUUUGAUAUAUGUUAUGAUUGGAAUGGAAAUCCAAGAUAAGAAUUUGUUGUGUUGCCAAUAAAUCUAGCUAUAAAAAUAAAAUUAGUUUGUUUGUUUACUUGCCCCAAUUCAUAUAUAUAUAAACUGUUGUUGUAUGGCUUUUAGUAUGAUCGAAAAAAAGAAGAAACCUUCGAAUUCGAUUUACGAAGAGAAAAAACAUUGUAUAUAUGGUAAUAUGCUAAAUUAAAAGAAACUAAAUUGACCAACGACCUGUAAUCUCAUA